UGUGUGAGUGACCCGCUGUUAUUUGAUGUGUCAAAAACAUUACAGUCUAUAAAAUAUACAAAAAAAUUGUCAUUAAUUUUGACUAUAGUCUACCAAGGUGGCAAUAUAUUUAUAACCUAGGUACUUAUAUACACCCCGGGCCUCCCCCACCCAUACACACGCCCAGCACAACAAUGUCCACGUUUGAACACAAGGCCGGCACCGCUAUUGAAUGUCUGUCCAUACCGUUAAAACUGACAAAAGAGAUCAGUUAUGACGAGUCGGGCCGAGAGUUACUGAAGUGCGGCUUCAAGAUUGGCGGCGGUAUUGACCAAGACUUCAGACAGAGUCCGCAGGCCUUCACAGAUAAUGGUAUUUACGUGACAGACGUGAGCCCAGAGGGGCCCGCCUGGAGCUGCGGUCUGCGUAUGGGUGACAAAAUACUACAGUGCAAUGGCUACGAUUUCACCAUGGUGACGCAUAAAAAAGCGGUCGAGUACAUCAAAAAACAUCCCAUACUUAAUAUGUUGAUCGCCCGCAAAGGGGUCACACAGUCUUAAACACACACUUAUACUUACAAUACAUACCGGAGAGACCCACCGGACUGGGCCUCCGCCGGCCGCCCCUACACCCCCUCAUUCCCCGUAUAAAUACUGUUUAAUAUGCAAUAAAAGCCAAACUCGUUGUUGUAUUACUCGGCCAUACAUUCCGAUGC